GUGCGCUCGGGAAACCGGCGGUGGCGCUAGCGCCCUCCCCCGUUCUCUCUCUCCCUCCUCCCUCCUCUUUUUGCUUUCCCUUCCCUUCCCCCUGCCUUGCUUGCCCGGUGCAUUCUCCGAUUAAAGGGAGGAGGAGGAGGGCAGAGAAGGAGCCUGGCCGCCAUUUUUUCCCCGAACAGAAUUUAGCAGCAGAAAAACAGCAGCCGCAGCGCCACUUCCGCGGCUGCUGGGGCGGCCUGCUGUCCUACCCGGGUGGAGCGUAGGACACGAAGGCAAAAAGGGGGAGAAGGAAACGCCGCAGAGAUUAUUGCACACUGUGCCCCACUUUGAAGAAGCGACAGACCCUCCUUUGCAGUAGGAGGAGGCGGAGGCGCCGCAACUGCAGCCGCCGCCGCCACCGGGGGCAGGAAAGCGGGAGCGCCUUCUUCCUCCCCCGCCGCCGCCUCUUCUUCUUCCUCCAGGGUGUGUGGGGUGGGGUGGUUGCAAAAGAGAAGACAACCUUCCCCCCUUCCCAAAUCCCUUCCUUCCCCAGCCCUUUUCCUGCCCGCCCGCCCUCCUCGCCUGCAGAAGAGCAGGGAGCAGGCGGGCAGGGAAAGGGGAGCCGGGGCUGGAAGGAAGGGGGGGGAAAGGGGGAGCGAGCGAGAGAGAAAGAAAGCAGCGGCGACGAAGACGACUACGGUAGUGGUACCGGCAGCAGCAGAGAAGGAAGAGAACUCGGCUUCUCUCUCGCCUUGUUUGCAAACUGCGCCCGUUUUAAUAUUUUUUUCGCACCGGGCCGGAUCCGCCCGGACUCUGCUCCAUCACGUGGCUGCCCUCUGGCGAGGCAGUAGGAGACAGCAGAGCUGGCCUCUGCAACAGGAGAGGCUGGACUUCCCGUCUCUCUGUGCUGAAUGGCUACUAUGGCGCCUGCUCUCACUGAUGCAGCAGCUGAAGCUCACCACAUCCGGUUCAAACUGGCUCCCCCAUCCUCCGCCCUGUCUCCUAGCAGUGCCGAAAACAACGGCAACGCCAAUAACAUCCUUGUCGCCACCAACGGCACCAAAAGGAAAGCUGAGGAUUCGAGUCUAGAUUUCAGAAAUAACCCUACAAAGGAGGAGCUGGGAAAGCUGCAGCCCCUGGUGGCGUCUUACCUCUGCUCGGAUGUGACCUCGGUUCCUCCGAAGGAGUCUUUGAAACUGCAAGCGGUCUUCAACAAACAGACAGUCCUUAAGUCUCACUCUCUGUUAUCUCAGUCCUUCUUGAAAACUAGUGACCUCUUGGGGAGGCAACCAGUGUUGGAGCUUUCCUUGGAAAACCUAAAAACCAUGAGUACUAGUAGUCCAACACCUCUGCCGCAAGCUCCUGUCAAUGGCUUGGCUAAAAAAUUGGCUAAGAGUAAUAGCUCUGAUCAUGAAAACUUGGCUUCGCUCAAUGGCGGGAAGCUUGUUCCUCCUCCUGCAGCCCUCCACGGCGCUGAUUCUAAUAGCCCUGGGGGUUCUGACUUGGGGGACCUGAAAUCUGCUUUGACUAACUGCACUCUUCCACACAGAAGCCUUGAUGGAGAGCAUACCACUCCAGUUAGCAAUAAUGGCGUUGCAAAUAAGCAUAACCACAGUUCCCCAGAACACCAGCAUGGGCUUGAAGGGGGUGGAGAGAACAGGUUAUUGUCAUUAUCUGGUGUGACUGCUUGUUCCAGUCUUGGGAGCAAUAAACCAGAAGAGCAGAAGAUUGCUCUGCCAAGCAGUUCCUUUAGCACCUUAGAUUCAGAUAUGAGGACAAGAGUGCUGUUGCGGCGGCAGGCAGACAUUGAGAAUCGUGCUCGUAGGCUGCAAAAGCGCUUGCAGGUGGUGCAGGCUAAGCAGGUGGAGCGGCACAUCCAGCAACAGCUUGGUGGCUUCUUGGAGAAAACGCUGAGCAAGUUGCCAGCUUUGGACUCCUUGAGACACCGAAGUCAGUUGAUGCUGACCCGCAAGGCAGAAGCAGCUUUGAGAAAAGCUGCAAGUGAGACAAGUACUUCAGAGGGACUGCACAGCUUCUUAAAAAGUGACUCCAUCUCAGAAGAACUGGAGAGAUUUACUGCCAGCGGGAUGGCUAACCUGCGGUCUUGUGAACAAGCAUUUGACUCUGAUGUCACGGAUAGCAGUUCAGGUGGGGAGUCUGAUAUUGAAGAGGAGGAACUGACCAAAGCAGACACUGAACAGCACCACUUAUCACUGAGGCGAAGGUCAGAAUGGCAGUGGGCAGCAGACAGAGCAGCCAUUGUGAGUCGCUGGAACUGGCUUCAAGCGCAUGUCUCUGAUUUAGAGUACCGAAUCCGGCAACAAACGGAUAUUUACAAGCAGAUUCGAGCCAAUAAGGGCCUGAUACUCCUUGGUGAGGCGCCUCCCUCUGACCCUGCAUUAGGUGACUCAUCCCCUGCUCUUAGUGCCGACGUCAAGCUGGAGCCCGGGAUUGACAGACUGGGCACUUGCAUCUCUCAUUCGUCAGAGAACCUUUGUACGUUCGUUGGCAAUACCCAAGAGUCCCUACCUGCCAAAACCUGUGGAGUGCCGAGACCGGUCAAUGGAGUUAUUAACACUCUACAGCCAGGCUUGACAGAGCAUGCUCAGGGAGACAGCUCAGAUGCCGAGGAGUUGCUGCGUAAAAAGCAGAGACUAAACGUAACUUCUUCAGCUCCUGAUGGAACCUGUGUAGCAGCCCGCACGCGUCCUGUUCUCAGCUGCAAGAAGCGGCGGCUUGUUCGACCCAACAGCCUGGUGCCACUGUCCAAAAAGGUUCAUCGCAGUAGCAUGGGCCGGUGCAGCUGUGAUGUGAACCCCUUGUGUGCUCUCUGUGGCACGCGGAGCUCUGUGCCCCCAGAAAUCCAGUAUGAAGCCCCUUUGAUGGAGCGUCUCUCACAGCUGGACUCCUGUAUCCACCCUGUUCUUUCAUUCCCAGACGAUGUACCAAUGAGCUUGCAUUUCCAGAGCAUGUUGAAAUCCCAACUGCAGAACAAGCCCUGUGAGAAAAUCAAGCCUUCCAAAAAGCUCACACUGAAACAUCGGCCCACCAUGCCUCCCACCAGUCUGUCUGACGCUGCACGCAAGGACCGUCACAAGCUGGUUAAUACCUUCUUAGCUGCAGCCACUUGCUCGCAUCACAAAACUGAGCCAGACAAGGCACACAGGCAGUCCUUAGACGAUCUAAGGGCUGCUCCCAAGGCAGAGAGAGCGCCAGAGCGCUCGCUUAUCCUGACUCCAGUUCAUGAGAGAAAGCGAUUGCGGGACAGCUCCUCCGAGAGAAGUGAAGUAUUGAAGCACCAUACGGAUAUUGGGGGCCCCAGCUACCUCUCAAGCGCUAUGGCCACCACGGCCCACAGUCCCAUUGUGCGGCAGCUGUCCACCUCUUCGGAAAACUCCAUCCCUUCUGCCAGCACAAGCUCACUGGGCACCUCCAAUGCAUCUCAGCAGCCAAGGAGGAGGAGAGGGGAAAGCUCUUUUGAUAUUAACAACAUUGUCAUCCCUAUGUCUGUUGCUGCAACGACCCGUGUAGAAAAACUGCAGUACAAGGAAAUCCUCACACCAAGCUGGCGUGUUGUGGAUAUUGGUGCUCUGAAAGUGAACCCAGAUGAAGACAACGAAGAGAUAGAAGAUCUAUCUGAUGCAGCCUUUGCCACUCUCCAUGCCAAGUGUGAGGAGAUGGAGCGGGCAAGGUGGCUCUGGAGCACAAGUAUGCCACCUCAGAGGCGAGGCAGCAGGUCUUACAGAUCAACAGAUGGACGGACAACGCCACAGUUGGGGAACCCAUCUACCCCGCAACCAGCAUCGCCUGAUGCGGUCAACUGCUACUCGCUUUCUGACAUCUCCCACACCCACUCUCCACGCAGUCCCAUCAGCCCUGACCUGUUCUCUGGUCCCCACACCCCUUUGUCCCGGGACUCCAUGCGGCAUCUGUCCAGUGAGGACACACGUUGUUCCACACCGGAAUCUGGCUUUGAUGAACAGACUGUACAGCCCUGGGAACGACGCAGCUUCCCACUGUCCUACAACCCCAAGACAGAGUGCGAGGACCAGUUGGAUCCACAGGACCGGGCAUCACGAUGCACGCGGCGCACCUCCGGCAGCAAGCCUUCUAGAGAAACAGAUGGAGCACCCACCUCACCCACCCUUGUUUGCCUCAAGAGCCGGCAUCCAGGGGCAGUGGCCACAGUUCAGCGGCCGACUCACAGAUAAGAGAUGGACAGGAAGAUGAGAGUAAAAAGCAAUCCACCAAACUAACUCUUGGCAUUAAAGCUUCUGAAAUCUGCGUUUGAUAUUCAAACAUCCUGCCGGGAAUUUUCACAGUUUUUAGUGAAUUUAAGGAGUUUAGAAACUGUUUUAUUUUUCUUUCUUUCCAUGUUUCCUUGUCAUGCAUACCCAGUGCUGUGUGGUUUGAUGAAGAGAGCAAACUUGUCUCCCCCUUUCCAUGCUUAGUCAGCUUUACCCUCCUGUUUGGGGAGAGUACCCCUAAGUAACCCUGGAAUUGGUCAUCUGGUGAAAGGGUUCUUUUUUCUUUUUUUUUGCUGUUCAAUGUCUGUUCUCCUCACCUACCACCAUCACUGUGCCCUCCCCCAAGAUUUUAAUGGAGUAAAUUAGUGGUGAAAAGUGAUGUCUUCUGAAUACAACUUCCCUUAUUAGCUGUUCUGCUCUUGCACCACAGUGGCACUAGAAAGCACUUGCAAUGCAAACCCUUCAAUCCCUUGGUCUCCAAAGCUGUACCCAAAAGAGAUGGCUUCCCACUGGAGCUCUUCCCCUCCACUUAUUUCACCUUGUGCUACAUUAUUAAUCCAUUUGGCUGUUGGUAGCUGCUUUUGAGGCCAUCUCUGCAAGAAAAGGCAACUUACCAUCUGCACUACUGCUAAGAUUUUUUUAAAAUCGGAUUUAUUCAAAACAUACUGUGCUGCUUAAUCCCCCCCCCCCAAUAGCAAGUUAGGCGUCGGGAGGUUGUCAGCCCAGCUAGAUGUGACUUUUGUCAUUCUUCCCUCUCCUUUACUUUGCUAUUGAAUUAUUAACAUUUCAGUAUUCCCUUUUUAAUUUUGCACUUUGUCCAUUAGUUUGAAAGCUGCAGUAGGUUUUUAAAUCUGCCGCAGCUCAAUUGCAGUACAGUAGUGUUAGGCCUUAAAAUACUGAGAGGAAUGUAAGCAGGAUUCAACAACUAGCCAUCGCAGCGAGCCAUGUUUUAGCAAGUGGUAGAUAACAGUGUUUUUGUUUGUUCCACCCUAUAUAUAAAUAUAUGGACUGUGCAUUGCUUGAGAUUGCAUCUUAUAUUUUAGGGUAUGUUUGAGGUAUCUAAAUUGUUUUUUAAAAAUUAUGGAAAAAGAUAGGACUUUGUUUUUCACCACUACUGCUUAACUCCACUUCCACACAAAAUUUAAUUCAAAACAAACUUCUCAGUCAGGCUUUCUUUCCUCUUCUUCAGAACUUCUUGGGCUGACUAUUGCCAAGCUCAACAGGUUUGGAUUUUUUUUAUUUAAAGAGGCCGCUGCCAUCACAUUACAUCACACCCCCAGUGACUCCCAGAUUCUGCACACCGAUCCAUCUGUAAUGUUUUUCUGACCCUAGCGGUGUGGCUGUUGGUCCCUGUCCUGUUGUUAGCAUUGCGCCUGUCUUCUGUAUUAAUCACAUCACCAAAAAAGGAAAAAAAACAUUUUUUCUCAUUUUGUAAUCGUAAUGAAAUAGUAGCUAAACUGCUUAAUGGUUGGGGUUUUUUCACAAUUUUCAACAUUACCUAAUGUUUUUGGUUCUGUUCUAGUUAAUUUCUUUUUUAAAAGAGGAAAAACCCAAUGCUACCAUAUCCCUUUGCAUUAAGUGCUUUUCUAUUUAUAAGGUUGAAAAUUCUGAAUAACCCUCUUAGCGUUAUAAAGGAAAAAUCCACAAAAAAACCACCUUGUAUUUUGUAAAUAUUUCUUUUCCUGCUUCAAGCUGUGUACUGUCCUUGUUAUAUAGAAAUGCUUUUCUUCAGAGAAGCUGAUCUUUGUUUAAUGUCUUGAUUCUGUUGGCCAAAGCACAAAUGUGUGCUUAUAAAAAAAAAAGAUUAAAAAAAUCAAAAAGUUAAGAAAA